AUGGAUGAGCAUGUUAUUCACUUGAAAUGUGUGUUUGAAGUGCUUAGACAAGAACAACUUUAUGCUAAUGUUGCUAAAUGCUCUUUUUGGGUUGAUGAAAUUGUUUUCUUGGGUUUUGUUGUUAGUUCAAGGGGCGUUGAGGCUGAUGAAUCCAAAAUAGACGCUGUUAAGAAUUGGCCAACUCCUAAAUCCAUUGGUGAUAUUAGAAGUUUUCAUAGAUUGGCUAGUUUUUAUAGGCGGUUUGUUAAGGGGUUUAGUACCAUAGCCGCUCCUUUGACCGAGGUAAUCCGAAAGGAUAGACCUUUUUCUUGGGGUGUGGAGCAAGCAAAGGCUUUUAAAACUCAAAAACAAAUGCUUAGCUCCGCACCGUUGUUGCAAUUACCCGAUUUUGACAAAAUCUUUGAAAUUGAAUGUGAUGCUAGCAAAGUAGGUAUUGGUGUCGUUUUGAUGCAAGACCAAAAACCCAUUGCCUAUUUUAGUGAAAAGCUUAAGGGUGCGAUGUUGAACUACUCCACCUAUGAUCUUGAAUUGUUUGAUGGUUUCUUCUUCAAAAACAAGCGUUUUUGUGUGCCCAUGAGCUCUUGGAGGGAAUUAUUUGUGAGGGAGGCACACAAUGGGGGAUUGAUGGGAUAUUUUGGGAUUGAUAAGACUUUUAGGAUUCUUGAGUAG